GAGCUCUGUGCGUCUCCGCAGUUCAUUGUUAACGGAGCGACGCACCUGGACUUCCGCCAGGGAAAACUCAAUGACUGCUGGUUACUUUCUGCCAUCGCCUCUCUCUCCGUGCACCGCUCCCUGCUCAAAAAGGUCAUGCCUCUAGAACAGAGCUUCCAAGAAGGAUACAGCGGCUGCUUCACCUUCAAGUUCUGGCAGUACGGUCAGUGGGAGGAGGUGAAGGUAGACGACCGGUUGCCCACUCAGGACAACAGUCUGAUCUACCUCAGCUCUCCAGAGAGACACGAGUUCUGGAGCUCCCUGCUGGAGAAGGCCUACGCCAAGGUGAAAGGGGGCUACAGAGCUCUGGACAUGGGCUUCCCUCAUGAGGCAAUGGUGGACAUGACGGGGGGGGUGACUGAGACUUUGACCGCUUCCCAUCUGACCAGAGACCCCCUGGCCUUCCUCAGCCAGCUGCUGGCUAAAGGAGCGCUCAUCAACUGCGCCAACUGCCAGGGUCCUUUGGAGCAGAAGAAUGAACUAGGCAUCAUGUUCAGACAUGCCUACUCUCUGACUGCAGUAGAGAGGGUCCAGACAGCACACGGGACAGUAGAUUUAGUAAGACUCCUCAACCCCUGGGGCAACACCGAGUGGGAGGGGCCCUGGAGUGACAUGCAAGGUCCUGAGUGGAAAUCAGUGAGCGUGGAGGAGCAGAGCAGGCUGCAGAGAGUGAGGCGGGAGGACGGGGAGUUCUGGAUGUUGGUGUCGGACUUCCAGCAGAACUUUGAGACGCUGGAGGUGUGUCACCUGACUGAACCUAUAGAUGAACGGGGGUCCAGCGUGCCGUGGUGCAGCAUAAUGCAUCAUGGGAACUGGGUGCCUUACAUCUCAGCAGGAGGCUCUGCCCUAGAAGGUUCCUUCUGGCAGAACCCUCAGUUCUACUUCACCCUGUCGGAGGUGGACAGCAGCACAGCCAGCACUCAGAAAACAUGCUCCUUCGUGUUGGCUCUGAUGCAGAAACACCAGAGACGCAGGGGCGUUGAACUGAAUAUAGCCCUGCAUAUAUUCCCGGCUCACCCUAAGAACACGUAUCUGUCUCCGGAGGACCUGAGUGUCCAGCGCCCGGUCCUCUGCAGCCCCAGCUACUCCCGCCGCAGGGAGGUGGUCCUUCGAGGCACCCUCCCCCCGGGUCGCUACAUCAUCAUCCCCUCAACACAAGAGGCCAAUCAGCAGGGAGCGUUCCUGCUGCGGGUGCUGACGGAAAAGGGCAACGCUGCCACUCCAUCCCACAGACCACCACUAGAAAGCUCUUCAGCAACAGAGCCUUCAUACCGUCACCAGGCAGCUCUUCCUUCUCUUAAAGAUAUCGAACUACUGUUCAUGAAGCACUGCAACAAGAAACGCGUUUGCAAACCACUGCACCUGUACAGGCUGCUGACGGAGGCCAUACAGGGAGGAGUGUUGGCUGGCAGUGAGAAGUACCUGGCUCUGGAACACUGCAAGAGCCUGGUGGUCCUCACGGAUGUUCAAGGCAACGCUAAUUUGGAGUGGUCAGAGUUCAAGAGUCUGUGGGACAAAAUCAGGAGGUGGACGGAUAUCUUCCUGGUGUUUGACAAGAACAAAACAAAUCGUCUGGAGUACCAGGAGGUGGCUCCCGCUCUCAAGGCAGCAGGCAUCCAGGUGGACGACCUGAUCAUGCAGCUGGUUGGCCUCAGGUACACGGAGCCCGACAUGACCAUCAGCUACCCCGGCUUCCUGUUCCUGCUGAUGAAGCUGGAGACCAUGAUCCACAAAUUCCAACGGUACGACAUGGUGGGGAUAGGCAACAUAUCCAUCAGCUACAGACAGUGGCUCCACAUGACCAUGUACAACUGAGCUGCUCCAAUCAGACGCAACCAUCAGGGAUCACUUUGUUAAAUAUCCUUCUCUAUUUCUUAAUUUUUUUUUACAGAAAAUGGUCACAUGCAUUAAAGUAAAUGUUAUGGGCUAUGGGUAUAGUUUAAACUUGGGAGAAAGUCUGUUAAAUGUAUACAAAGGUUAAAUGAUUUAUAUAUAGUGGUGUACAAUUAUGCUUUAGAAAAGGGCUAUGGUUAAAAAUGAAGGUUGAACGUUUUCUGUGUGCUUAUGACCCCACCCCCGCACUGCUCCUGCAUGGAGGUUUUUAUUUACUGUAAUUAUGGGAUUAAUGACACAUGGGAAAAGGACCCCCAAUGAGAAGUGGGCGUCAGAUUAAAGUGUUUUUAUUUUGCAGUCAGCUGAGUAAUAUUCCCAUGAAUAAAAUACCUUAGUUGGCUUUAGACUGGUUGAAAAAGUGCCUUACUGUGGGAACUCUUUGAAGACUCUAAAUGUACAGGUUAGUUCAGAGAUAGAAACAUGUAGCAAAACUAAGCCUUCAUAAUUGUUCACAUAGUUGCAUUUUCAACUACUCUCCAAGAUGAUAUUGUGACACCUGUACCCAACAGAUCUAUAUCAGAGAACCAAAGAAUAUACAUGGAUUGAUUUUGCCAUGUUGCAGGCAACAGGAGUGCUAAGGCUUUAGCAGCUACAGCUUGUUUGAUAAAGAAUAGGGGAGUGUUUGUAAAUUAUAUUUUUGCAUAGCAUAUUGCAUAAACAAUGCUGACAAUUGUACACUGAAAGUACAAUAUGACAUUGUUAAUAAAAAAGUAUAAAAACUAAAA